AACACUUGAGUCAAAGUGCUAGCCUUGUGUUGUAAUUUGCAGCAGUCCAGGCUUGUUUCACUGCGUCCUACUCUCAUCAGGCUCAUAGGCAAGUUCUCAUUUGCUAUCAAGUAUAGAUCGUGGAUUUGGUCCAACCAAUCCGACCAAACGCCAACAAUUUUGACUCAUGCAAUUAAUAACUGCUUUUUAGAGGUUUAAUGAUAUGUGUGUUAUGUUGAACUUGAUUUUUUUAGUGUUGUUCUUCUACUUAGUUAUGCUGAUAUAUAAUUGUUCUUGUGGAGAUGCUUUGUGGUGCAGCAACAUGGUAAUAGCUUAUGAAGAUUAUAUAAUAAUUAUGUCUCUAGAGUAAUGGACUUGGAUUAAUUUUACUGAUAAUAGUGCAGCAACAUGUACUAAGAUUGCAUAAUCAAAUACUCAUAGUAGUACACUAAUAAUUAAUUAGAUGAUCAUGGAUAUUAGAUGUUUAUAAUAUGAUCCAAAUCCUCUUAUAUAAUGCUCUAACCACUGUUGAUAUGACUUGUUUUUCUUGUUUCAAGAAGAAAUAGUGCUAAUUAGCUUGAUUAUAUUAAAAAGAAAAGAUCUGAACUGUUCAUACCAAAGUCUUUAUCGUUUACCCUUUGGUAAAAUAAAAAAGAAGAGAAAAAAAACUUGAUCAACAUCAAGAAGAAAGUUGUAGUCACGUGUUGAAAGAAGACAAUCGAGAAUAGUUUAUGCCUCAAAAACCAGACCAAGGAUCUGUAGGAAUUCCCGUACCGAUUAGAAUCGCAAAUUACUCGGUUCAAGAAACUCUCAGUGAGAGUUGACAGUGAACCAAUCAAUGCACAUGCCUCCAAUGGGGAGAUGCCCCCCCCAACGAUCUCUUCUUCCUCGCUUGGAAGCUGCUGCUGCUGCACAUCGUUGUCAGAGCUGACCUUGUUGUUGGCUUUCUCGGAAGCUCGACUCCAACGCAUGCAGCAUUUCUAUUGACCCGUCGUCGAUGCACCGACGACACGUCCUCCCCCGCUAACCCACCGAGGUGUCGUCUUCUUCCGUGCCUUCCUGUUUCUAAUGACCAGUCUUCCCGGCUUCGCCGUUUCUAUUUGAUUUAAUGCACCGAGGACAAAGCCCUUCCAUUAAUCUUCUUCUUCUUCUUCUUCUUCUUCCCAUGGCGUGCUGAAGGCACUCCCUGCUUGCAUCUGUAUUCUCCUCUCAAAAAAUCUAUCCGUUUUAGGUUCUGUCGAAGGAUCUCAUCCGAAUGUAACUGUUUAAUGAUCUCCGCCUCAUUCCUCGUCUCGAUACACUGUCACAUGCAUUCAUCUUGCACUCCAUUCUUUCCUUUUUUUUCUCCUUCGCCAACGCGCAACGAAACAUUGUAUUCUUCUCCUUCUUCUGCCUCCGUGCAAACUCUCCUCACCACGAGACAAUGCCAUCAACAUCAUCAACUCCCAUACGUAGCAGAAGGGCGCUCCACUUGCCCUUCUUCCCUCUUCUUUCCCCUCCUCCAGCGGAGCCUCCCUCCUCCUCCACCCCGCAGCGGCCCUUCUUCCCGUCCUACCCCUCCCCCCCUCCCCCGCAGCCCACCUUCGCCGCGAACAUCUCCUCCCUCACCUUCUCCGGCUCACGCUCCGCACCUCCCGCUCGCCACACCACCGUCGUCGUCGCCGCCGCCGCCGCCGUCCUCAUUCCCCUCCUAGUCCUCGCCCUUCUCGCCGCCGCCGCGGCGUUCUUCCUCCACCGCCACCGCCACCGCCUCCGCUGUUUUCCCUGCUUCGACAAGGACCAAGUCCCCGCCCCCGCUGCCGCCGACUUGCCACACCACGACGCUCUCGUCGACACCCGCCUAUGCGGCUUGGGCGAAGAUGGCGUCCGCCCCGCCGCCGGUCCGACGGGCGGGUCGCCCGAUCGGAAGCUGCAGUCGCCGGAGCUCCGACCCCUCCCGCUCCUGCCGCGCCAGUUCCCGUACGGGGGUGGAGAAGGGGAGAUGGGGGCCUCAUCGUCAGAGGAGUUUUAUUCGCCGAGGGGAUCCUUGGCCGAGAAGGGGAGCGCCGGGUGCAUGUCGACCUCCCGGCGAACGUUCACCGCGGCUGUGGAGAAAUGUGGAUCCCAGAGCUCGACGAAGAGCACGAACAUGGCGUCAUCUCCUCUAUCGCCACCGGUCGCUUCUUCUCCGCACGUCGGAUCGAGCCCCAGCCAUUCCAGCAGCAGAUCUUUGAUGUCCACAUCUCAAAAGAGUUUGGCCGGAGGUCUUGAAUAUACGGUUUUGCCACAGCCUCCUCCUCCUCCUCCCCGUCCCCCUCGACCUCCAACACCGUCACCUCCAAAGCAGAAACCCUCUAUGCCGUCACCGCCUUCUUCCCCAGAAGAGAGAGAAUCUGAAAGAAAGAUGGAUCACUUGGAUCUCGCAGGAUCAAAUCUGAGGUCAACAAUGAGACUUGCAGACUCGCCUUCACCGCCAGGAGCGCAACCACAGCGUCAAGCUCCACCUCCGCCGCCGCUUCCUCCUCCACCGCCAACUAGACAUUGGGAGAGUCAGGUUCGUGAGUCGCUGGCAAGAAAACCACCAAUUGCUCCGCCCGAGCCAACUGGAACGAAGACUUCCCCCGCACUGGUUAACCCCACAUAUGGGGUGGAGAAGAAGAAGGAAGGCCCCCGACCAAAGCUGAAACCUUUGCACUGGGAUAAGGUUCAGGCGAGCUCGAAACGAGCAAUGGUGUGGGAUCAGUUGAAAUCCAGCUCCUUCCGGGUUGAUGAGGAAAUGAUCGAGACUCUGUUUGUUUGCAAUGCAACCAAUGGCACACCUAAGGAGACCAACAAGCAGCAGGUCCGUCCUGUGCCAACUCAAGAGAACAGGGUGCUCGAUCAGAAGAAGUCUCAGAACAUUGCUAUUCUGCUGAGGGCACUAAAUGUGACCAAGGAGGAAGUCUGUGAAGCUCUAUCUGAAGGUAAUGCUGAUAGCUUAGGAACUGAACUGUUGGAGACCUUACUAAAGAUGGCCCCUAGCAAAGAAGAAGAGCGCAAACUGAAAGCACAUGAGGAAGACUCCCCAUUCAAGCUUGGCCCAGCAGAGAAGUUUCUUAAAGCAUUGCUAGAUAUACCAUUUGCAUUUAAAAGAGUGGAUGCCAUGCUUUACAUCGCUGCUUUCGAUUCAGAGGUCAAUUUUCUCAGGAAAUCCUUUGAAACUCUCGAGGCUGCCUGUGAGGAGCUGAGGAACAGCAGGUUGUUUCUCAGGCUUCUAGAGGCUGUACUAAAGACUGGAAACCACAUGAACGUUGGUACAAAUCGAGGUGAUGCACAUGCCUUCAAGCUUGACACAUUGCUCAAGCUAGCUGAUGUCAAAGGCAUUGAUGGCAAGACUACACUUCUGCACUUUGUGGUCCAAGAGAUUAUCAGAACAGAAGGCUCCCACCUUGCUGCCAUGAAUAACUGGGCUGCAAAUGCACAGGACAAUACUCUUCCAGAUGACCUAGAGUGCAGGAAGCUUGGUCUCCAAGUCAUCACUGGCCUAGAUGGUGAGCUCAGCAAUGUAAAGAAGGCUGCAGCAGUGGAUUCUGAUAUGCUCCACAGCUAUGUCACGAAACUCGCUGGAGGGAUCAAGAAGGUCGAUGAGGUGUUGAGAUCAAAUGAAGAGUUUGGUUCUGAGGAGGGUGGUUGCCGAUUCCGUGAUGCAAUGGAUCGGUUUCGAAAGAAGGCAGAGGAUGACAUCAUAAAAGUGCAGGCUCAAGAGAGCGUUGCAUUGUCGCUGGUCAAGGAAAUAACAGAGUAUUUUCAUGGAAACUCUGUCAAAGAAGAAGCACAUCCUUUCAGGAUUUUCGUGGUAGUCAGAGAUUUUCUAUCCAUCCUUGAUCAGGUCUGCAAGGAGGUGGGAAGGAUAAAUGAACAAGCUGUUGUCAGCUCAUCACGGCAGUUUCCUGUCCCCAUUAACCCAGCCUUAUCACCUGCUUUUCUAAGGUUUCAUGCAUUGAGACCCAAAAGGUCCGACGAGGAAAGCUCAAGGUCGUCGUAGGAUGAUGCUUAUGACUGCCAUAUUUGGGUGAAACUUUUACAUGAGUUUAUUAGCUGGAGGUGUAGCAGCUAUGAAAUUAGUAGAGUACUAAUGUCAUAUCUUGCUCUUAGCUAUACACAAAGGAAAUCUAGAUUAGAGAGAGAAUAAGUUUGGCUUCACUAGCUUGCAUUGUGUACAUCUAUGAUCAAAGGUUGCUUCUCUGAUAACAUUCUUUGAAGUUGUAUCAAAUUAUACAUAAGAUGAGUUGAGUUUACAGCUCCAAUUCACUUCAUGUAUUAUGCCAUAUCUUUUAGAUGUUAUGGCAUUUAUUAUGUUUAAAUAGCCAAAGAGUUUGGGAAUGACAGUUAUUAUGAUUCA